GCGUACACCACAGAACUUGCACUAUGUUCCCCUAUUUGCCAAUAAAACGAGCGAUAUAAAUUCGUGCGAAAAAUCCAAUGAUUUCAGUACGGUACUGGUGGUACUCUUACAAUAUUAACGGGCUCAAUCAUCUCUAAAUUCAAUUAAAACCCCUUUUGUCAACUUAACUACUGUACAAACAAGUUUAACUGCUUUCGGUAGUCAACAAAAUUAUUCCAUUCAAUCCAUUGCCCCAGAGGGGAUUUAUUUCAUUUGAUCAGUAUUGAGAAAAAUGAGGGAGUUGGGAGUUUAACUUAUGUUUAGAAUUUUGACGAUUCUUGUAGUUUUGAUAGUUGUCAUUUUCGUAGUUGCUCUUUUCUAUUUAGAUAUGAAUUUUUUGGUUUCCAUCGGUUUGGUUUACGUUACCGCUGUGGCUAGUCAGCCGAUUAGUGAUAACGAUAGUCUUCGAUUAAUUAGUGUGUUUUUAAGACAUGGUGCUAGAACUCCGGAAUUUAAGGACACCUACCCUAAUGAUCCAUAUAAGCUUGACACGUUCCAGCCCAUGGGAUGGGGACAGCUUACCAAUGCUGGUAAAAGAAAAGAAUAUAACAUAGGCAAAGAACUACGUACCAGGUACAUCGACUUCUUGGGAGAUGAAGAAUUUACUUUAGAUACGGUGGAUGCCCGAUGUACGGACUACAACAGGACGAAAAUGUCCUUGCAAUUAGUUUUAGCCUCGCUAUUUCCCCCAAGAGGUGAUUUGGUUUGGGAAAACCAGUUGGAUUGGCAACCCGUACCAUUCAAUUACUGGCCAAUUCAUGAGGAUCAUGUGUUGGCUGAUCCCUUGCAAAACUGUCCACGAUAUAACAAACUAUUCUGGAAGUACCUGAAUUCGACCGAAGGAAAAAUGUUAUUCGAAAAUCACACGGAUCUUAUCAAAUAUUUGGAGCAUCACACUGGCAGUCCAAUGUAUAGCAAAGCUUUCGCUGAUUUGUACUUUUCAUUGACCACUGAGAAAGAAAAUGGCUAUGAUCAUCCGGAGUGGGCCAAAAGCGUCUAUCAGCAAAUUCUCCAGUUGGCAAUAAACGACUAUAAUGUAAGUUCUGCAACUGAUGAAUUGAAAAAAUAUGUAGUGGGAUUUCUUGUAAAGAAAAUCAUAGACGAUUCGUAUACAAAAAUUAAGGGAGAAUAUUACAAAGGCACGAAAAUAUUCUUAUACUCAGCCCACGAAUUCAACAUAGCAGUACUUUUGAGGUAUCUGGAUGUGUUCUAUCCUCAUGUACCUCCUUAUGGUAGUUAUGUUAUUAUUGAGCUGCACAAUUAUGGAACCGUGAGAGGAUUCAAGUUCUUCUACCAGGACUACACUGAAGACGGACCGAAACACCUAAACAUUCCUGGCUGUGGGGGACAUUUCUGUAAAUUAACUAGAUUCGUAAGAUUGUUUCAACAUAUGCUGCCAGAAUCUGACAGGGAAUGUUUCAAUGUAGCAGGAUUAUAAAUCCAACCAAGCAAAUCAAGAAAUCGGUUUCGAACUUACGACUUCUUGGAUAAUUUGACAUCUUAUUUUCACUGUUAGACCGAAAAAUGUAUUUUCAACUGUUUGUUGUUCUUCAGAAAGACCAAUUAACAUUUUCCUUGUUCACGAAUAAAUAACAAUUACAUUGUCAUGCUUGUUUAUUGACCCCAUUGGGCUUUAUUAACUUAAUUUCUUUGUUAUCGGACAUUAAGUCUCGUUUCCGUUUAUAUAAUUGCCUAGUGUAGAAAUGUGAGCUAAAGCGUGACAAAUUUGAUUACAAAUUAGAUUAACGUUAUUUGACUUUUACUACGAUAAAUUGAAAAUAAUGAAAUAUAUGUACGUCUUCGUUGA